GUGGGGGGUGCUAUGUCCUGGCAUGUGACGAUGGAGGAGGAGAUGUGGGGAGUGAGUGAGUGAGUGAGUGAGGCAAAGCAAAGCAAAGCAAAGCAAAGCUAGGAGCAACAAGGAGAGUCGGGGAGGGAUUAUCAGUUAACUGUGCUUAUCUCCAUGUGAUAUGGUGACGAACAAAAAAGUGUCCCAACUUGCUUUUUCCUUUUUUUUUUGUUUUCUCGGCGGCGUUUUGUCAGCUCGCUCGCUCACAUGAAGGCCUGAGCCUUAAUCUUUAAGUUUAUGUUAGCGGUCUGACGUUAGCUCCCGCUGCUAGCUGCUGCUGCUGCUGACUUCAGACAACUUGUCAACAGCCGAUCGAUCCUGGACCGGGGGAUUUUUGAAGGGGUUUCUGCCACUUGUGUCAUUUUGAGCCUGUUGGCACGCUUCUCACAAGCGUAAACAUCAACCAAGCGGCACUAUUUGGGAGAGGUAAGCUACCAAAAGGCACGACGGGCUGACGUUAUUUAAAGGCACUCACGGGAAUGUGGGUCAGCCGCGCUAACGGCUAGUCAACACUCAAGUGGGGCUAUGAUGGCAACGUGACAGGAGGGGAGCCGCUGAGUCAGCUUCAACAGGAACCAUGGAACGGUUUCAACAAACUGCUACAGAGCAGCACGACAGGGUGAACGGCUACUGCGAGCCCAAAUCCCCCCAGGACACGGCCGAUGUCAGGUGGACGGCACUGGAGGGAGAGUCCGGAGGUUCAGACAGCUGCGGGGGGACAAGCGUGUCGGAGCUGACGGACCUGCAGGAGUUGAAGGCAAGGGAAAGUGAGGACGAGGAGGAGAAGGAGGAGAAGGAGGAGAAGGAGGAGAAGGAGGUGGUUACUGCCUCUAAAGGCUUGAGAGGGGACCAUAAGAAAAAAGAGAAAGAGAGUUUGGAUCAGGAGAACAGCAAACAGAACAGCAGUGCAGCAUCCAGCUACACGGACCUGUCACAAACCUCGUCGCCGUCGCUGUCAGAACAGCUGCGUCUGGGCCGAGAGGACAGCACAGGAGCUGGGAUCAGCGUGGAGUGUAAGGUCUGCGGGGACAAGGCCUCUGGAUUCCACUAUGGCGUGCAUGCCUGUGAGGGCUGUAAGGGUUUUUUCCGGCGAACCGUGCGGAUGAAACUGGAAUAUGAUCGCUGUGAGCGUUCCUGCAAGAUUCAGAAGAAGAAUCGCAACAAGUGCCAAUAUUGUCGCUUCCAGAAGUGCCUGUCUUUGGGAAUGUCCCACGACGCGAUCCGAUACGGACGUAUGCCUGAGGCGGAGAGGAAGAAGCUGGUGGCGGGUCUGCUUGCAGAGGAACUGAACCAUGGCAAGCCGGGGGGCUCAGACCUGAAGACCUUGGCCAAACAAGUCAACACAGCCUACCUGAAGAAUCUCAGUAUGACCAAGAAGAGGGCCCGCAGCAUCCUGACAGGCAAAACCAGCAGCACAUCGCCGUUUGUGAUCUAUGACGUGGACACACUCUGGAAGGCAGAAAGUGGUUUGGUAUGGAGCCAGUUAGUUCCAGGUGCACCCCUGACCAAGGAGAUUGGGGUCCAUGUUUUCUACCGCUGCCAAUGCACCACGGUGGAGACUGUGCGAGAGCUCACAGAGUUUGCCAAGUGCAUUCCAGGGUUUGUGGACCUCUUCCUUAAUGACCAGGUGACUUUGCUGAAGUAUGGCGUGCAUGAGGCUAUAUUUGCCAUGUUGCCCUCUCUCAUGAACAAAGACGGGCUGUUGGUCGCCAAUGGUAAAGGCUUUGUGACCAGGGAGUUCCUGCGCAGCUUAAGAAAACCCUUCAGUGAGAUCAUGGAGCCCAAGUUUGAGUUUGCUGUCAAGUUUAACGCUCUGGAGCUCGACGACAGUGACCUGGCCUUGUUUGUUGCUGCCAUUAUUCUCUGUGGAGAUCGUCCUGGGCUAAUGAACGUGAAGCAGGUGGAGCAGAGUCAGGACAGCAUCCUUCAAGCUCUGGACCUCCAUCUUCAAGCAAACCACUCUGACUCAGUCUACCUCUUCCCCAAACUGCUGCAGAAGAUGGCCGACCUCCGUCAGUUGGUUACCGAGAACGUUCACCUUGUCCAAAAGAUCAAAAAGACUGAGUCGGAGACCUCGCUCCACCCUCUACUACAGGAGAUCUACAAAGACAUGUAUUAGUAUUCUCCAGCACAGACUGUUUUAGCAAUACUGUUACAGACUGAAAUUUACAUUUAUAAUGAUACACUGCAUACAGUACAAGCACUGUUCCACGUACAGGCAUGGAUUUUAACAUGCAGAUGAGGCAAGGUCAACGUGGUAGGGCUAACACAAUCAGUAAAGUCUUCUCAAUGUCAGCAUUACCCUCAGCACAGUGGUGUGAGUGUGUGUGUACAUGUGUGUGUGCAUGUGUGUGUGAGAGAUGAGCAUCUGGAAUCAUUUGCUGCAAGUCCUAGUUUCCCACAGCGGUCACCUGACAGAGAGAGAAUGAUAUGUUUUCUAACCGAGGCUGCUCCGAUUACAUUCGAAUAGCAAAACUGACCCCAGAGCAGCGUCUAGAGAGAGAGCUUCUCCUCACGUGUGAAGGAAAAGUAUUUCAUGUUCUUACACCGAUGGCAUAGUUGAAGUCGAAAAGAGCCGUAAAGUUUGCACUGUGCAAGAGUUUCUUAUAAAGCCAAUGUCUUUGGUCGAGUGACUUGUUCACAGACUUUUGGUAAAGCUGAAGAUGCACAAAUUGUUUUUUGUUUUGUUUAAAUCUUCAUUGUCAUCGUCAUCAUCACCAUCGUCAUCAUCAGUGACUGCUACUUUGCCAUUUGGUUUAUAGCACACAAACUGGGCUGGCUCCAGCAGUGUAGAGCUCUCUCAAAAGCAGCUGUCUGUGCAAUACCAUUUCCAUUUGUCAAUAAACGUGGACAUCCAAGAUAUAUAGAUUUUGUCUUAAAGCCAUCUACCUAAGUGGUAACUAAUGGACUAUGCUGCACAGAUUUGUUUCUGAAGCUGACACUAUAAACACAUGACCCAUUGAAGUACAAGGGACCGCAUGUUUUUAUUGUUUUUCUUUAGUUUGACAUGCAAAAUGAUCAUGAACUUGCCAUUUUAAGGGUUUCUUAGUUUAUUCUUUGUAAUUAUGUUACUAAUUAUUUGUAAUUUUUGAUCAUAUUUGUAAGGGCAAAACAUGAAUUAUCAUCUCGUUGUAUGUAUCAAGUAUGUGUUGUCUUUCGUAUUUCAUUUUUUUUCUCUCCUGCCUAUUUUAGUCGAGGUUGUACCAAAUAUAUCAUCGAGCAUACCAACAACAAACUUUUCCUUGAUGAGGAAUUUGGAUUUCAAACGCCUUAGCAGGAUUUACCUAAAAACCAGCAUACUGUAUCAUGAUGUCAUCAUUGGGAUUAGAAAUUAACAUCCAUCAUCUGGUAUCAUGGGUCGUUUCUGUGUUCACCCGAGGUAUAACCACAGUCCUAGAUUACUAUCCUUUUUGUGUACGAUCUGAUUUGUCUUUUGUUUGUUUUUUUAGCCAGGAUUCACACAUUUCCAACUGUUUCCCCCUCCGUACUCUGUAGGACCUCUUUUGUUUUCACUGUUCUUCUGAAUGGACUUCAGUUUGUCAGCACUGGUGCACACAGUCCACGUUCAGAAGUCUCCUCUUGUGCUCUUACUCUGUCUUGAUCCCUAUCUACCUCUAAUGUAUGAUCUGUGACAUUAUUCCACUGUCUCAUCUAAUCUCUGACUUUUUUUUCCUUUUUUUAAAAAUUGUUUUUGCCUUAAUUUUCUGCUAUUGGUACACAUAGCAAAAAUGUGUUAUUAUUAUUAGAGGCUGAGGCUGAUGUGCAGUGUGCCAAGAUAGCAAAAGAGGGUGUGUGUGGAUGGAUAAAACAAGAAAGUACACCAAAAAAAAAGUUGAUGUAAGCUACCUCUAUGCCUGUGUAAGUGAUGGAUUGACUUGAAUUAAUUUUGUCCUUAUAGUCCCAUGUAACCUAUCUGCAGAUCUAGUUUAGAUACAUCUCACUUAUAAAAAUUUAUUAGAAAUAUUAAAUGAUUUUUCUCCAUUUAUUAUUAUUAUUAUGAGGCUCAUACACAUGCCUGCAGUUUAUUAACAUAAACAAUUAAACUUUGGACAAAUUAAUGGAUAAAUGAGAAAUCAGAGUACGUAACGUAACAAACGUGAAACGUCACGUUUCUAUUGGUUGGUUGCUAGGUUAAUUAGUAAAAGGAACCGGCUGUCAACUAUUUAGAUAGUGAGAUGGAGGGUGCUUGGCGGCAAGCUCAAAACACACGGAGGAUGGACUCGGCCCGUAGUGGAAGUAUCUGUAGGUGUUUCAUAAAUGGCUCUUGCAGAUUUGGUCCAAGGUGUAACUAUCGACAUGAAUGGCCAGGUACAUCCCAGAUAUGUAGGUACUUUCAGAAAGGUGGAUGCUGGUAUGGUGAACGCUGCAGAUAUCUCCAUGUCCUUCAACCUGAAGCUGACGCAGCUGUUGCAGGUAGAAGAAGUUCAGUACCAACAGUCUCAUCCUCCAGUGUGGCUUACGCUCCACCCGACA